AUGUCGAGGGCGCAUGAGAGCAGCCGCAAGGUGCUAGAAAUGCUGAGCGUCAGUCAAGACGGCGCCUCUCAUGAGAUCCUGCAACAACUGAAGCAAUCGACCCAUCUCGAUAAUACCAUCCAGUCCAUUGCCGAUGCCAGUCUUCUGCUUCCAACGAGCGACGGUGAUGAUGAGAUGGCUACCUCUCUCGGCACGACAUCGCAGCCGGAAGACAACGUACUGGCAGAUACAGCGCAAAAUAUGACAGGGAGCAUUGAGAGUUCUUUAAGAUCGCCGUCGGCUGAAAGGGUCGACACCGGCAUCACCUUGCCCAUCUCUCGCUGGACGACGGUUCUAAAGGACGAUAAGGUAUUGACCCAGCUUCUCGACCUAUUCUGGACCUGGGACGGCACACUUUCCCGCCUCGUUGCCCGGGAUCUCUUCACCGCUGAACUGGGCAACGCCGACGCCCAACAGCAGCACCAAUUCUGCUCUCCGCUUCUCGUCAACGCCAUCCUGACCGUCUCAUCUCUACACGUGAUGAGGAAGCGCAGUAGCCUCCGCGUGGAUGUCACUAACAUGGCCCAGAAAUUCGCGGAUUGCGCCUUCGAACUCCUCGACGCCGAACGAGGCGUGAGCUCCCUGACUCUUCUACAAGGAGCAGCGGUCCUUUGGGUUUACUGCAGCAACGAGGGGACCUGUGCCUCUCGCACCCGAGCCGCGAGCCUGGCCAGGCUGAUGCUGCAGACCUGGUCAACUCUUGGCCUAGGCACGGAUGGGUCUAACCUAUUCCGCCACCCAGAGACCCAGGCGACGGACGACUUGAAAUUGUGGCAGGCAGCUUCCUACCUCACCUGGGGCUUCUACUGCUUCUUCGCCAAGAUAUCGCUUGUCUCUUCACCGCACAUGCCCGUCUCAAAGCCGCUCAUAAUGAAAAGUUUCGAGGCUCGAGACGGAAUGUCGGCCGGCUCGCUAGGGCUAGCAUCUUCCGCCAUCGACAGCCACCCAGCCAACCAGGCAUGGGACGUGUACCAGCUGGAGGUGUUUGCCGCCGAAUGUUCCCUCUGCGAGAUCAUUGACCAGCUAGUCUCUGGCUUCCUCGGGAACGGCACUCAGCGUCCCAUUCUCGACCGCGGACGCUGCACGGUGCUGUACAACAAGCUUCUCUGCUGGAAGCUGUCUCUGCUGGAUCACCUCGCGAUGAAUAACAGCGUACUGCCAUCUAUAUUACUAUUACAAAGCACAUACGAUUUUGUAGCGUUGAAGCUUCUCGACACGUUCACGAGCCAGUCUGGGCCAGACUUUGACGGCCGCAACGCCGUCUCCCUGCAGAUCCUCCACGCCAGCUCCAUGAUCUCGAACUUGUGGAUUUACCACGGCCUCUACACCCUGAGACACGAGUACUGGGCCGCGGAGCACUGCUCGUUCGCCGUCCACGUCCUACUGCCGCAGAUGGCGGAGCCCUCCGUGCACGACACGGUCGCAAAGGCGUGCUGUGUGCUCCAUGAAAUGGGCGUCCGGAGUGGUGUCUCGGGCCGUGCGGCGGAAUUGCUCCGGGAUAUAGAGGAGACGGCCAGGGCCAGGUGCAUCCGUAUUCCGCCGUAUGGCAGGGGCGGCUCCAAGUCGCCGGAGAUGAACGCCGUGCCCACAUUUGUUGUGAAAGGAGCUCGUGUUCUUGAUGGUUCUAGGGGAGGGUUCUUCGGUGACGCCGACGAGAACGGCUGUGUUGUCAGCUUCGAGAGCACCAUUGGCUACAUUCAACAAGUGCAGCCUCGCUGA